GAAAAAAAUAUUUUCGGUAAUUGUUUUUGCUUCAAAAUUAUAAAAAGAAGUCAGAGAAUAAAUCAAUGUUUGUCAGACAGCUUCAAGAUAUUUCACUUUUUGUUUCUCCUGAGCGUUAUGAGUUGUGACUCGUGAAGUAAAGUGUAUAGGUUAUGUUUUUAAACAAACAGGAUUUUCAGUAAAAGGAUUUGAAGUGUUCAAAGUGUUAUGUAAAUAAAGUUCCGCUGGAAAAAUACACAUAAAUAGAAAAACAUUUAAAUGCCAAAAGCAGGCGUGAUUUUUGUGUAAUUUGGUGCAAACAUGGCCGCUUCCAAGAAGGCAGAAAAGUAGCACGUUCUGUACUUAAUUGCACAUUGAUGGCUCAUAAUUCGUGACAUUCAAUCAGUUGAUCGGAUAUUGGCUUGGUCAACAUUUUCAAAUUUCAUAUACGAAGAAAAAUCUGAUCGAAACGAAGCGGCGAUUAUCAUAGCGGUGUUUUAAAAGAAUCAAAUCUCAAUUUUGAGAGAACUUGGAUUUUGCGGUAUUUAAAAUGGAUCAAGCUAUGGCGAACGACUUUCUCGCUGGACACAAUGGUAUUUCUAUAAUUCGACAAACUGACGAUGGGGAACUCGCUCUUUUCUCGACAAUUGACGAGGCAACAAAAACUUGGUUGAACUCUUUGCACUACAUCUGGGGAUUGUGGAAGAAAAGCCAAGGUGUGACGAAAACACUGACGGAUUAUUUCGAAACUGCUCCGAAUCCCUAUCUCAGUACUUUACGAAUCUUGGUUAAUACCAAUGAUUUUUCACAGUCAAAAACAAAAUCUUCGCUCUCUUUCACAGUUAUGGAAGAUUUUUCAAAGUGGAUUGCACCAAAUAAAGAUCUUUACAAAGACCAUCUCGUAGUGGACCUAAAAUUAGCUGCUUUCAAAUUAGUCUCACGACAAAAAAACAUGCAACUUAUGAAAAUGGUUGCGGAGACCUACGAAUUCACUACCUGCAACGAAUUAUUUUAUCAAAUCAUCGAGGAUAUGCUUCGCCAGAAAAAGUACAAAGAAGCGGCACAAUACGCCGAGAUGUUGAAUUUACAACCAUUUUUUGCAGAGCCGGAAAUUUUGCUGCUUCCCCUAAUUUUGCAAAAUAAGGUUACAGUCGUGGAAGAUUUUCUAGCUAAUCAGCCAGAUAUUCAGAAGAAUUUGGUUCAGUAUUUAGAUAAUCUUUUAGCUCCAGGAAAGAGCAUUCAAAUUAUCUUAGAUAAAUUUAUCACUGAGAACAACAUACCGGAUGUAAAAAUGUCAACUGUACAAUUAAGACCGAUGUCUAAACUGGUUGCACGUCUCGCAAAAAUAUACAAACUUCCGGUCGAAUCGUGUCCGUAUUUGAACCAAAAAAGAGGCGAAGGGGCAAUGCAAUUUUUAAUAUACAAACGAUUCGUCGAUUGCAGUUUAAGUGCCGAAAGUUGGCGAGAAAUGGCGAGGGAAGCCGUUGGAGAUGACGAGCGUUUACAGUUGGAAUUGAUCAAAAGUUUAUCUCACACAAAUGCCAAAGAAGCUCUGUAUUUUGCAAAAUCGUUGAACGUCCCGCGAAGUGAGUGGCCAUGGAACAUCGCACAAUUGGACAAUGAAAAUCCAGAUGGAACAGAUGAAGGUGCGAGUGGUUCUGCUGAAGAAAAUUUGGACGUGAACGGUUGUGUCAAUUACCAUACUUUAAAGUUACCAAGAGAAUGUAUAAUAUUAGUAAACGACAAGAGAUCUUUCGAGGAAUUUCUCGAUGAACUGAUGAAAGGAGUCAGUCUUGUGGGCAUCGAUUCUGAAUGGAAGCCAAGCUUCGGAACUAAGAAGUCGGAAUUGGCUUUGAUUCAAAUAGCGACCGAGACGAACGUUUAUAUUCUGGACACGUUUGCAUUAGGAAACGAUUUCAAGGAUUUGUGGUCCGAGUUGAGUCUAUUGCUCUUCGAGAAUAAAAAUGUGAUAAAAUUGGGCUUUGGACUGACACACGAUAUUGCAAUGAUGCGCGAAAGUUUGCCGGCUCUCUCGAAUGUGAGAGCUGGUGGACAAGGAUAUAUGGAUCUUCUUCACGUCUGGAGAAAACUGGUCCAUGAACACAAUUUUGAGUUUCCCUACCAAGGCGAUUCGAAUUUCUCCGGCGAGAGUCUGAGCAAACUGGUGGAGCUCUGUUUGGGAAAUCGAUUGAAUAAGUCUGACCAAUUCUCGAACUGGGAGCGAAGACCUUUGAGGGAGAGUCAAAUUGUUUAUGCUGCUCUGGAUGCUUAUUGCUUAUUGGAAGUUUACGACGCACUUUCUAGACAAUGCUCACAAAUGGAUAUUCAAUUUCAAGAAGUCUCAUCACAAGUUCAACACAUUCCGCACAAGUCCCCGAAAAAAUCGGUGAAGAAAGCUACAAGAAACCAAGUCAAUAAAGUACAAACAGUAAAUCCUGAAGAUCAACAAGUGAAUAAUACUCCAGUGGUACAAGCAGCCCAAAUGCGGCAAGCAACUUCCGGAAUUAUUCGAGUUGAGCAACGAGUGCAAGAUGCAAAUCCGGAAGUUCGAAUUUUUCCGAUACCAGCGCAUGAGUGGCGAGUUGUCUGCGACUCGAUGUUGGGCGGAUUAGCGAAGCAGCUUCGAAUGUGUGGCUGCAAUUGCAUUCACAUUGAGUAUGAUCGUGGUGGCGAUCAAUCGAUGAAAAUAGCGAUGAAUGAAAAUAGAGUUCUACUCACUCGGAAUGGUUGCUAUCAGAGGUUUACUCAAUGCGUUCCGGCUGGUUCCUGCUAUAAAGUAGUGGCCGACAAGCCGGAAGACCAACUCAAAGAAGUAUUAAGCCGAUUUAAUAUUGUGGUGACAGAAAGAGAUAUCUUCAGUCGAUGUCAAGUCUGCAAUCAAGACGAAUUUGUCCGAGUACCUGAAACGACAAUGGCUGCACUUGUUAACAGUUACAUGAUGAUGAUGCGAGGUCACUACUACCGAAAAUGUUCCGGUCCGUCAGCCUCUAGUAGUCAAUUCGAGGCAGAAUACGAGGCAUGCGCUUCAGAAAAUGUGCAGUCUCCUCCAAACAGACCAGACUCGCGUCACAGUAAACACGAUCGCACCUGGCGACUCAGCGCCGACACCUUAGAUCUCGCCCAAUGUAAAACAAAGUACGGAAUUUUAGUUAAAAUUGACAAAGUGCCACCAAAGGUUCUGCGAAAUGUCAACUGCUUCUACAUUUGUGAAAGGUGUGGCAAAGUUUAUUGGGACGGAUCGCACAUGGAACGGGCCCUGAACGGAGUAUUGAAAGAUGUCAUUGUUCAUCAGUGACGAUAGUUUUUUUAAAUUUUAUUUUAUUUUUUUUUUAUUUCUAUUAUGAUAAUAAUGUUUCUGUUAAGAUGAUGUUUUCGUAUAGUACGAAAUUGUGUUCAACGAAACGGCAAUUGCUGAGUUUGCUUAAGUCGUUUCCACAGCUGAUGGGUGAUAAAGUCAAAUUGUAUUUUCCGCUCGCGAAAACUCAUUCAAAGAGACUCAUGAGUAGUUAUUCUGUUAAUACUACAUGUUUAAUCUAAUUUCACGAAUGCCAAAAUAGCGUGAUUAGCAAUUGAUUCAUAUAGUGAUCACAGUCUUUUCUCUAUUUUUUCCCCCCCUUUUUUUUUUGUUGAAAAUUCCCCUUUUUUUCUUUGAAUAUGAUACUUUUAAAAAUAGG